AUCAUUUAAUUGUUAUUGGUUAUACACGUAUUAUGUCAUAGACAACAGGAUAAAUUAAUGUCUAAGAUUUGACUUAUAUAAUAAUAAUAAUAAUAAUAAAUAAUAAUAUAAAUUAUGUUACCUACUUACCUAUAUAGGUAGUAUAUAUUAUAUAAUUAUAGUAAUAAUACCUAGGUAUAAUAUAUUGUAUAAAAUAAAAUAUCAAAUAUGAUCCUGAUACACACAUAGAUAAUAAAGAUAGAUAUCUCUAUACUAGCCCGUAUCCGUAGGUCGUAGUGUGGUCGUAGCCAGUAACAGCUUAUCAAUGUCUUUCGCUAAUCUGGUAAAUAGAAAUAACCGUCUAAAAAUAGAACGCUCAUAAUCAAUUAUUGUCGAUUCGAUGUGACCAUUCUGAUUGUAUUUUUUCUGUGAAAACACACAGGCCGCACCAUCAGACCAUAAUCAUAUUAUACUCGUAUUUUUCGAAUCGUUAAGUCUGUGCGAGUGUGCGACGUACGUGUAACGUGUUUUAUUGUUUAUCCUCAUUAACUUCCUAUAUUUUAUUUUAUUUAAAUUAUAUUUAAUUUUAUUUUAAUUACCUACUCAAGUUGUUAUUGUUUUUAAAUUUUAUUAUGGAAAAUACUAAAAAGAUUUUUAGUAUUUUCAAUUUUGAAAAAAAGUCAAAAAAUGAUAAUGAUAAACACCAAGAAUUGAAUUCUGAGGUCGUUGAUGACCCUGAUAUUGAAAUUAUAGAAAAAAAUGUUAUAGUGAAUCAAACUGAUGCUAAUCUUGUCGAAACAUUUCCAUUUCAACACAACAAAAAUGAACUCCAACAUUCUGAUUUAGGAAAUCUUGCAACUGGACCUUACCGUCCUGUUUUAAAUGUGUAUAAACAAACUAGAUUUGGUUCGCAAAACAGAUCGUUUAGUAGCGAAUGGUAUAAACAAUAUACUUGGUUGGAGUAUAGUAUAAAAAGCAAUGCAGCAUUUUGCUAUGUAUGUAGAAUGUUUGCUGAUGAACUUAUUGACGAAGUUUGGACAAAUAAAGGAUUUUCGAACUGGCAAAAACUUAAUGAAAAACUGAAAAAACAUACCAAAACAAAGCGACAUUUAGUUUGUCUAUCUAAGAUGAAUGGCUACUUAGCUUGUAAGAAAUCUGGUUCUGUUAUGGUGAAGCAGUGUAGCGGCUAUAAGGAACAAGUGGCCAAAAACCGUGCCUACAUUGGUACGCUUAUUGACAUAAUAUUAUUUUUGGGAAAACAAGGUAUUGCUUACCGAGGCCACAGAGAAGAUGCAGAUUCUCUAAAUCAAGGCAAUUUUAAGGAAUUAUGUGGACUUUUAUCAAAUUAUCAGCCAGAUUUCAAAAACAAAUUUGAUGAAGCAACAAAUUAUACGAGCUGGUCUAUUCAAGAUCAAUUAAUUAAAUUGUGUGCAGAAGAUAUAAGAGAAACUAUUGUCAAAGAAAUUGAUAAGAUUGGUUUUUUUGCUUUAAUGUGUGACGAAGCUAGAUGUUAUAGAGAAGAGCAAUUGUCAAUUUGUGUAAGAUAUACCAUUGACUUGGAUGUAUAUGAAAGAUUCUUAUGCUUUGUUGAUGUUUCAAAAGGACAAACUUCCAACAAUAUCGUUACUGCACUGUUUGAAUGUUUUGAAAAACAAAAACUGACUAUGUCCAAAAUCAAAAUAAUUGCACAAUCAUAUGAUGGUGCUAGUGUUAUGUCCGGACACUUACGCGGUGUUCAAUCAAGAAUUAAAGAACACUAUCCAUACGCUGUAUACACUCACUGUAUGGCACACCGCCUUAAUUUAGUAGUUGUAGAUACAUGUAAGACAAUAAAGAGUGCAAAACAUGUUUUUAAUGUGCUUGAAGCAAUAUAUGUACAUUUUUCACAACCAUCAAAAAAUAAAAAGUUAUGUGAAAUGCAAAGCAAUCUAGGAUUAAAUAAAGGAAAUUUAUUAAGAAUAUGUGACACAAGAUGGGUGUGCAGAUAUAAAAAUUGUGUUGCAAUGUUGAAAAAUUAUUCCAGCAUUCUUAAUAUUCUUAACGAUGAAAUUGAGGAACAAAUUGAUAAAGAUGUAGCACGUGCAUUAGCAAUCAACUUCAAUCUAAAUCUGCCACCUUGGGCAAAUCGAGUAGUGUAAUACAAAGUGUGAUUUCUACUUUUGAAAAUCAGAGGAAUGAAGAUGGUUUUUUUAAGCUCUGGGAACAGAUUAAGGAAUUUGCACAGUUAAACCAAAUAACAUUGGAAUUAUCAAACUCUAGUAAGAAUUAAUAAUUUAAAAAUGUGUCAAGAAAUAAUGUAUAUUUAAUAUUUAUUUUUAAUACCUAAGUACUAAUGGUUUUACUUUUAUCUACCUAGGAGCAAAAUCUAAACGCAAACGCCAAGAGCCACGUCACUUGCAGAGUUAUAAUCUCGAGACAUUAACUGGAACACAAAGUGAGACAGAAUGUAGAACUGUUGAAGAGCAUUGGAAAAUCAUUUAUUUUCAAAUAAUUGAUGCUGUUAUUGUAAAUUUAAAAUACCGUUUUUCGGAUGAAAGUUUAGUUUUAGCUAACUCAUUAGACCAGUUUAUGAAAAUGGAUUUUGAAAAAGGUUCAUAUUUCAUCAAUCAUUACAAGGUUCGUAACUAGUAAAUUAUAUAUAAACUAAAUAAUAAUAACUCAUUAAUUGAAUUCAUAAUAAUUAUAAAUAGGUACCUAACAACCAUGUAUAUAAUAUAUUGUUGUGAUUAAUGUAAUGUAGGUUAAUUUUGUAAAUAAAAUAAUCAUGUGAGGAUAAUAUAAUUUCAGGAUGUUGUGGAUAUUGAUUUAACAUCAUUGAAAGCAGAAAUGUUGCUGACAAAAAAUUGUUUACAUAAUAGAAAUUUGGAUUUUGAUAUACUUGGAA